ACUCCUUGAUGGAUGGAUGAAGGGAUGGAGCAGGGAGGAGGCGAGAUGGCCAGAAGGAGGAGGGAGAGCGAUGAGAGUUUAAGGGUUUUCCUCCUUCAGAGACACACUUAAAAAAACCAGUUUGUCCUCAUUUAGCUUCUGGCAGGCUCCGUUUCCUCUCCCGUCUGCAGUAAUGAAGAGAUUAGAGCGGCAGAGUGACUGAAGAACCGCAGGACUGACCUGUCUAAAAGAAACUGGUGACUAAGUUCCAUCCUGAGUUUUUUUUUUAUUAUUAUUUUGGUCUGAAGUUGUUGUUCUGGAACCUUUAAAAGCUGUGGGGAAGAAGCCGAGCAGACGCCAGCGUUUUCUGGUACGAUCAUCAAGAUUGUGACACAAAUGUUGCCUGAUGACCUGAGUCCAGAGGAGCGACAGGAGCUGGAGAGCAUCCGCCGCAGAAAACAGGAGCUGCUGCAGGACAUACAGAGGCUGAAGGAUGAGAUAGCGGAAGUGACCAGUGAGAUUGAAAACCUGGGCCUGACUGAAGAGAGAAAAAGCAUGCAGAGGAACAAACAGAUGGCCAUCGGCCGGAAGAAGUUCAACAUGGACCCCACAAAGGGGAUUCGCUUCCUGAUCGACAGCUCUCUGCUGAAAAACACCAGCGAAGACAUCGCUCAGUUUCUCUACAAAGGAGAGGGCCUCAACAAGACGGCCAUCGGCGACUAUCUGGGGGAGAGAGAUGAAUUUAACAUCAAGGUUCUGCACGCCUUCCUGGAGCUGCACGAGUUCACGGACCUGAACCUGGUCCAGGCGCUGCGGCAGUUCCUGUGGAGCUUCAGGCUGCCGGGCGAGGCCCAGAAGAUCGACCGCAUGAUGGAGGCAUUCGCCCAGAGAUACUGCCACUGCAACCCGGGCGUGUUUCAGAGCACCGAUACAUGUUACGUGUUGUCGUUCGCCGUGAUCAUGUUGAACACGAGUCUGCACAACCCGAACGUACGAGACAAACCGUCAGUUCAGAGGUUUACUGCCAUGAACAGAGGAAUCAACGACGGAGGAGAUCUGCCUGAGGAUCUGCUCAGAAAUCUGUACGACAGCAUCAAGAAUGAACCGUUUAAGAUCCCAGAGGAUGAUGGGAACGACCUCACACACACCUUCUUCAACCCCGACAGAGAAGGAUGGCUGCUAAAACUCGGAGGUGGACGAGUGAAGACCUGGAAGAGACGCUGGUUCAUUCUCACAGAUAACUGUCUCUACUACUUUGAAUACACCACAGAUAAGGAACCCAGAGGGAUUAUUCCACUGGAAAAUCUCAGCAUCAGAGAAGUUGAAGACUCAAAGAAACCGAACUGCUUCGAGCUUUUCAUCCCCAACAACAAAUACCAGGUGAUCAAAGCCUGCAAGACGGAGGCGGACGGCCGCGUCGUCGAGGGCAACCACACGUUUUACAGGAUCUCUGCUCCGACUGCAGAGGAGAAGGACGAGUGGAUCAAAAGCAUCAAGGCCGCCAUCAGCAAAGAUCCGUUCUACGAGAUGCUGGCGGCUCGGAAGAAGAAAGUUUCAUCCCUGAAGGGGCUGUAGGCGUCGGAGGAGCCAUCACCGUGACGACGACUCUGUUGCCUUCAGCGCCGACGGUCCCCCGAUUCCUCCCAUGUUUGGCCCAAACUUCAAGCAGGUUGAGUCAGUCAGAAGCCUUACCUGUGCUUGGACUGUUCCCUUUAUGACGGCUUAAUUGAGUCAUAUUGACCCGAUGCGUUUUUUCCACGCAGUAUUUGGUUUCAGCGCAUUAAGACCUCAGACUGUUUCUCCAGGAGAGAAAUGCAGCAAAACCUUAAAAAAAAUACUGCAACUGGAAUCAAACGAGGGAAGAAAUGAGCAUUUCUUAUCAAAUCUUGUUGCAUAAAUCCCAGCAGUGCUGAACGUUGGUGACUGGUUUGUAAAUGUGUAAACGGAGUUAAAGAGAUCAUCAUGAACCCAGCCUGGACCUUCAUUCUGACCCGUUUUCUAACUGCUUGUUUAAAUGGAGGUAUUGCUCAAACAGCUUAAUAUUUAUUUAUCCAUAUUUCCUGUAAUUUAUUGUUUCUUUUCCUCGUAUUAAAAAUUUGCACAAAAAAAAAAAAA